AUGGGGGCGUCCACGGAACAGAGCCUGGCAUCCCGGGCCGAGCGCAGACAUCGCAGCAACCCCUACAGGCGGGGCUACGACCCACUGCCUGGCGCGGGGGCGGGGCACGGAGAGUUUAUCCAGAGAUUCCUGCCUCGGGAGCUCCAGAUUGUCCGUACCCUGGACCACAAGAACAUCAUCCAAGUGUAUGAGAUGCUGGAGUCUGCCGACGGGAAAAUCUACCUGGUGAUGGAGCUGGCUGAAGGAGGGGAUGUCUUUGACUGUGUGCUGAAUGGGGGGCCACUGCCCGAGAGCCAGGCCAAGGCCCUCUUCCGUCAGAUGGUCGAGGCCAUCCGCUACUGCCACGGCUGUGGUGUGGCCCACCGGGACCUCAAGUGUGAGAACGCCUUGUUGCAGGGCUUCAGCCUGAAGCUGACAGACUUUGGCUUUGCCAAGGUGUUGCCCAAAUCGCGCCGGGAGUUGAGCCAGACCUUCUGCGGCAGCACCGCCUAUGCCGCCCCCGAAGUGCUGCAGGGUAUCCCGCACGACAGCACGAAGGGUGACAUCUGGAGCAUGGGCGUGGUCCUGCACGUCAUGCUCUGUGCCAGCCUGCCUUUUGACGACACAGACAUCCCCAAGAUGCUGUGGCAGCAGCAGAAGGGGGUGUCCUUCCCCACUCAUCUGGGCAUCUCGGCCGAAUGCCAGGACUUGCUCAAGCGGCUCCUGGAACCAGACAUGACUCUCCGGCCUUCAAUUGAAGAAGUUAGUUGGCAUCCAUGGCUAGCAAGCACUUCAUAAAAGCAAUGGCAAGUCCUCCCCAAUAAAGUAGGGGGAGAAAGCAAACCC